GCCGCCGCUGCUGCUCCUCCUCUCCGGCCGCGAGAUGCUGCGCAGGCGGCGCGUCUUCUCGGUGGCGCCCCUGGGGCGCGGAGGUGGGUUUCUGCGCGGCCCCCCAGCCUGGCUUGCGGAUUCCCGGGCGACCCGUCCUGCGGCCCCUUCGGGUCUCCGGAGUUACGUUCAAGAAAGCCUCUAGUCUCGCUUUCGAGGGCUGUUUUGCACGACGCUGCUCGUGAAGCAGUCUUAGGAACCCUUACUCCAAAGUAAGCCUCACCGAGCUCCGUGGGGUUUACCGCUGGUUAGUGUGCGUAGGAUUCCAGCGCAAGUGGACGUGCAAAUGGCUGUUGAAUUGCAUGCUGACCUCAGUGCAUUUCUUCUGAGACUUAUUGAGCAUAAAGGUGGACACGCACAGGUUGUAUUUGCGCUUUUCUCUGAUGAACGUGCCAGGGCUUUUAAGAGUAAUGUUGCCUGUCCUGCAGUUUUGAUAAACAGAAAAGCAGUACGUCUGUUUAAAUUUUAAAUUGCUUGCAUAUAUUUCCUGCCAAAAUUCGUUUUGCUUUUAUAUUGCAGGAUGCAUCGAUGCCCAAAACAGAAAGGCAUAUUAAGGUAUUGGGGGUGGCACUUAAAUUGGGUGCGUUCUUCUUUCUGUGUCACAUUUGUGAUAGUCACAAGUUUGCAUAACUGCAAGACAGGCUCAAAGAUGUAUUUUAUGCCCUUGGUAAAGAAAGUUGUGUGUGCACACAAAUGUAGGAGACCUUGAAAGAAGUUGGCCUGGGCAUCUGGUCCCUUGACUUUCUUUUAUUUAGGAUGCGAUUAUCUUGUUUUUAAACACAAUGGCCUUGCAAAAUGUGUGUGUUAUUUUCUGGGAGGAAAAGUUAGGACAACAUACAAGCUGGGGACCAGACUGAGAAGACGAGCUUCAUUCCAGUGCCUGAAUGCUUCCCUCCAGGCCAUGGGAAAAACUUUCUGUUGUUUGUUUAGCUUUUGUGGUUUAAUUGGUAGAGUUUCUGUAGGACUCUGGCCUGGGGAGAUUUGGGUUCAAAUUUCCACUCAGCCCUAAAGCUAAGGGGGACUGGGUCAAAGUUUCUGUUUUUUCAGCCUAACCUCUUUUGCAUGUUUAUUAGAAUAAAACAGGAUAACCUCAAAGAACAUCACCCUAAGUUGCUUCGAGGACAGAUGGGGUAUGAAUGUGAUUAAUAUAAUUUUAAAUAAAUAAAAAUUGGUAUUGGAGUAAUUGGUAUUGGAGUACUGUAUUAGAGAUUGGAGUGAUGCAAUAGAGAUCCCUUUUCUUCACUGCUUCCGUGUAGGCUCCUAGACUUGAAUAUGCCCACACUGUAAAGCUUAAGAAAAGUUGAGGUCCAAUGCCCAUGCAUACAAGAGGUUGCAUAGAUGUGCUGGAUGAUUUAGACUCCAAUCCUGUGUUCACUUUCUUCAGAGUAAUCACCACUGAAUAUAGUCGAACUUCUGAGUGUACAUAAGGUUGCUCAUUUAUUUGUUUACUGAGAAGUAAGUCUGAAUGUGUACUAAAUGUGGCAGAUUUACUUUCUUGUCCAGUUUGCAGAACUACAUUUCAGACCUGGUUUCUCUGUGCUCAACCAUGAGCAGAGCUGAACCAUUAGCUUUGCUCACUUUGCCAUAAAUGACAGAUUCAUAUUCAGAAAUUCAGCUGGUUGAGCAACAGUGAGAUUUGUGGAGCAUUUGAACUGUUGCUCUGUGAAAAGGACUUGGGUGUUUGCAGGUAUGUGUCCCAGUUUAUUAUGGAAGUGUGGAAUAUUGUGUCUUGCACAACAUUUGGAAACUUGACUUUGAUAUAAGUUUCUAGUCCUCACGGCUGUAGAGAAAAGCUUGUGGUCAGCCAUUGGCAAAAGCUCAGAUCAGAGACUUUCGUGAUCCAUGGCCAUUGUUGUGAACGAUAGUCUCAAGGUGAUGUACAAUAAAAACAACAAAACACAAAGACAGAAGAUAUACGUAGUCAAAACUAAACAAAACAAAAGCUGUACAGAAUAGAUUGAUGGCGAAGAUUCAUUCAUUCUGCUGGGAUGGGAAAGCUCAUUAGAACAAAAUGUCUUCAGUUGAAAAGGCAGAUAGUGUGGGCCUUCUAUUUCUUUAUCUGCUCCCAUUAUUGGCUACCCAACUUAAGUGUCCCAGUUCUUUGCAGUCUGCAGAUAAGAAUUAUACAUUACAAGGAAUGGAAAAAUAGUACAUUAGACCUAGCAAUGUUUCUGUGAGACAGAACCCAUCUGCUGUAAAGCUGGACUAGGCCCUGGGCCUGCUAUCUAUGCAUAUUCUCAUCAUGAACAAUUACCGGUAUUUCCACCUAGUAGUUUAAGGUGGAAUACACGGCUCUUCAAUUUCAUUCUCACUACAACACAGUGAGGUAUGGUGAGUAGCCUUUUGCCAGCCAGUGCCUUCACGUCUGAGGUGGCAUUUGAUCCUAGGUUUCCUCAGUCCCAGUCUAACCACUAUGCCACACUGACUCGUGUGAACUGGCCCAUAAUUUUGUCCCAACAGGGAUGGAGAACUUGUGACUCUUCAGAUGUAAAAAAGGUAAAGGGACCCCUGACCAUUAGGUCCAGUCGUGACUGACUCUGGGGUUACUGCACUCAUCUCGCUUUACUGGCUGAGGGAGCCAGCGUUUGUCUGCAGACAGCUUCCGGGUCAUGUGGCCAGCAUGACUAAGCCGCUUCUGGCGAACCAGAGCAGUGCACGGAAACGUCGUUUACCUUCGCACCAGAGCAGUACCUAUUUGUUUACUUGCACUUUGACGUGCUUUCGAACUGCUAGGUUGGCGGGAGCAGGGACAGAGCAACGGAUUCUUCAGAUGUAGCUGGGCUACAACUCCCAUCGCCAUCCUAUAUUGAAUCAGAUCAGACAAUCAUAAAGUUGGAAGGGUCCACGAGGGUCAUCUAGCUCAACCCCUUGUAAUGCUGGAAUUUUUUGCCUGGUGUGCAGCUCAAACCGACAACCCUGACUCUUAUGCUCUAUCGGCUGAGCUAUCUGUGGUGAUGGGAGUGGGAGUCCACCAACUAUCCUUGUUAAUGCAAGGUUCUGCUUCCCAAGCACAUUUUUAGAAACGUCGCAUUUCCCUGUAGCAAAUUUCAAAACUCGGUGCACUUUUUCAAAUUUCAAAACUCAGCAACCCCAUUUCCCAAAUAUUGGAAGUAAGGCAGCAGUCCCAUGACUGGCUUUAAGCACAGCUAGACGGGGUUGGGAAGCAGUAAGAAACACAGGAUAUUGUUGAGUUUGCACUGCUUUCCAAACAGCUCACUGGAUGCAGAACAAGUGGGAGCCCAAAUCUUUUUAAGUUUAAUGUAAUUUCCUCCUGGAUCAGUGUAGUUUGGUUUCAUUACUCACAAGUUGCCAAUACUGUUAUUCAGAAAGCAGGUACUGGUAUUACUAAAUAGGUACAGUUGGAAGGAGAGAAGGUGAAGGUUUGGAUCCAUUCCACCUGGAGAGACUUCAGACCAUGUAGAUCAAACGGCUCAUCUCUCAUUUCUUCCAGUACCUGUUCCUCCUCCUGCUUCUCCCCCCUCCCCACCCCACCCUUCUACCUUAAGCAUUUGGCUGGCUCAAGAGAGUGGAGGUCUCUGUAGCAGGACCAGUGGGGCUGACAGCUCUUGACGGAGCUGUGCUGGUUUCGCUGGUUGAAAUGAUUGCUUUAGAUUGCAAGGUGAUGGCAGAUCCUCCGCAAACAGCUCUGCUGUUUCCCUGCAGGGCCCUCUUGGGGCUGCACAUUCUUCCACACUUCAGUGGAACUGCAAAGUCCAGCCAGGCUGAUGAAAGACGGAGAUAUGCUUGUGUUUAUGUUCUCAGGAUGCCAGAAAAAGAGAGGGAGAAAUAAUGAUGGAUCUUCGUUAUUGGGCUCUGCUUGUCUGGGGGGAGGGAGAGUGAGUUGGAUAGGAGGAGCAGCCAUUACAUAGGAUCCUACCACUGCCUCCACGAUGCAAUGUUGUUUAUUUGUUUGCUUAUAUAGUGGGGGUGGGGCACCAGGUGCCGGGCAGAGUACCAGAGGGCAGACCUGGGUCCCGACAGAAGAGGCAGUGGAGGAGGAAGGGUUUAAAUCCGGGUUUCCCAAAGGUGUGAGUUCAUUGACUCCCCUGAUGAGCUAGUACAGCUGUCCUUGACUCCAACCCAAAUUGUUAGCAGUGUAAGUAUGACUAUAUAAUCAACAUUUAUUCCUCAGUCUCCCUUACUGGAAUUCAUAACAAUUUAAAAAUAUGGAAUGCUGCUGGACUGUGGAAUCAUAUUGUUAAAUACAGAGGUUCCUCGCUGGCAAGGGAUGUGCGUUCUGUACAUGCCCAGUGCCCUUUAUUUCUGCAGCUUGAAGUUCCUAAUUAUUUUUGUGUUUCUUGCAGUAUAUCUCAUAAACUUAUUUUCCACCCACCCCCUGCAAAAUCCCACUGACCCCCAUGGGGUCAAUUUAGGAAACUGUGGUUUAAACAAAUAAUAUGAUUGUUUCAGUUAGUGAAGGAAUUUGGCUCUUUGGCAAGUCUGGGAUGAACACAAAUGGGCCCCUUGUUUCUCUUCUGUGUCCCCCACCUUCUGCCAGUACUUGGGAAUGGUGUGGGUCGAGCCCUGGCCAUUCGUUCUGCCUGUGGUCUUGCAUCUGAUGGGUCUGGGCAGUCCAGAGGAAGGUUGUUGCAUGCAGAAUUAGCUCUUGGUGCACAUGGAUGGGGAAGGAAUACUUAACUGGCAUUGUUGCAGAAUGACUUCGUUUUCUCAGAAAAUCAGAUUGUUCCUUUUUUGCAUUCAAGUGCCUCAGAGUGACUUACACAAUAAAAUAAAACAAUAAAGUCAGAUGAAAGCAGCAACGCACAAAAACUGAAAUGCUCAUCUGACAAUAUUUUAAAGGAGCAAGUCCUAUUCUGUACUCUACCUGGGCCACUCCCCACUUAAAAGAUGGGCAUAACAAGGAACUACCUUUCCAAUUAAAAACCCUAAGCCUGGGUAGAAAGAGGAUGUUUUUGCCUGGCACCUAAAAACAGACAGUGAUGGCGUCUGUGCUCACCUGUGCUGGUGGUGUAGAUGCACGAGUGCUUGCUAUAGAGAUGUCACCUGAGACUGAGGUCUUAACUUAAGCAUUUUAACGUCCAUGCCAGCUUCUAGGCAAAAGGGGAGAUUGCUCCUGAGCACUGCCAAAAUCCAAUCCCUCCCCCAUUAACACACAAGUCAUGGACCUGGCCAAAACAACUUCCAACGUAUUUAUUCUGGAAUCAGUUGCAGCCUUCAGAAUUCUAUGCCACAUUGUCUUUUGGAGGAUAGGGCUCUGUGGUCCCCAUUAUUAUUAUUUUUUACUUCUGCCAUGUACAGUUAGCGCUGUAAUUCUAAUAAUUCCAGAGCUUGGCUCAAACAUCCUGUCCUCUAAAAACUCCUCUCCCGUGGACGCAGUGGACAAAAGCAACACAUUCUUUGAAUAGGUUCUGGCUCAUUAUCUUACUCAAUUGAUUUCUAUUUACAGAAUGUGAGUUGGAUGCAGAAAUCUAAAUUCCUGUGCCAGACUGCCAAAGUGCCUCCACCCCCAUCCAAAAAAGGGCUCCUUUUCCUCCCCUACCGCAUCUGAUUCACCCUGCAUGUUUGAGGCCACUUUGUUCCAGUCGAGAGAGGCUUCUAGAGUCAAGGGAGUGAUCCUGUGUUUCUAGACACUGGGCCCCUGAUUCCGGAUUCUUUGUUGGAAACUAGUCUAACCGGGGCGAAGAGGGUGAAGUGGCUGCUGAGUGAUACUGAUGACUCUGGGACUUCUAAGGAGGCUCUCUAUACCCCGGCCACUGGUAGGAGGAUUAGGAGGAAAGAAGUGGAUGGGCUAGUGGUCAAUUGCAAAGGGGGCUCUGAGAUCUAAUAUGCACAUUUUAUUUGAGAAUUACCUUUUAUUCUGUGUAAUAAGAAAUUUUGGUGGAUUUGACGUUGGUUUUACUGCAUAUGUAGCAACUGCUGUGUUUUUUGAUUGUUUUGUUUUUGUUUUCCUUUCCUUUUCCUUCUUUGGAUGUUGCCGUGGUUUUUGGCUAGUGCAAUAAAAAUUCAAUAAAUUAAAUGUAGGAUUCCUUGUUGGGAAUGCCUAGCUUGUUGUGUGGCUCAUUUAGAUAAGAAUGGCACAGUACUAGUACUAACAGUGCGGUAGAAGUCAUAAUGACUUUGACUCAAGUGUCCCCCCACUGGUCUGGAAUGCAAGGAGAGGGAAUGGGGAGGCCUCAUGCAGAAUGGAAAGCAGACAGACCAUCUGCAGUAGGCUCCCACUUUUUCAGCAACACAACAAAAAGACUGUCUUUUCUCUUCUAAAUUAGGCAUCUGAAAUUAAAGUUUUGAUUGGCAGAGGGAAUCAGGAGUUAUUUACUUUAUUUUUCUCCCAUCCUAAAGGAGCCCACAGCAGCAGACAGCAAAAUGAUAAAAACAAUGCAAUAUAAAAUGAAUUCUGGGAACUUCUGAAAGCAAACCAAAUAUCCCCACAACUCAUAUUCAUAUAUUACAUUCCAUAAGCAGGGACUGCUACCAAGAAAGUAACAUGGCUGUGUUAUGGGUCAGUGCCAGCAGAGCAGCACCCAGCAGCGGAAUCAUAACAGGAUCUCUCCUUUCAGUUGUAAGGCCUGUCCCUUAGAUCCUUGGGUCCUGGGCUGUUUACAACUUUGUAUGCUAGCACUAGCACCUUGGAUGGGGCCCAGUAGUUCACUGGCAUCCAGUGCCACACUUCCAGGACUGCUAACACAUGGUCCCUCUGAAUUGCCCCACCCUCCAACCUGGCGGCUGCAUUCUGCACUAACUUCAGCUUCAAGGCCAUCUUCAAGGGUAGCCCUAUGUGGAAUGCAUUGCAGCAGUCCAGACAGGAAGUCGCUAGGAUGGUUUACCAAGGCCAAGCUAUCCUGGUCCAGGAACUGCUGUGGAUCAUACCCUUUUUGAGUAUGUUUUCUUGGCUAGAAUGUGUUAUUGAACUCUGAUGGUGCCUCUUUCUUGUCUGGAUGGUGGAUAGAGAAGGGUAUGUAUAGAAACGAGCCUCUUGUGCUAUGGGAAGUUGACUUUCUUUAUCCUGUCUGCUUUUGCCUCUGGUCCAGGCUCUCUGCCAUCACUGUGUGGCCCGCAGAAGGUUGCCUGGUCCUUGGGCUAAAAAAAGAUUUUCCACCACGUUUUUUCACAGUUGUUAUCCCUCGGUUUUUCCUUUUUGUGCUGCAUAUAUUUCAUUCUAUGCUAUAAAUGUUAAAAAUGGAAAUUUGGGGAAAUUAAAAAAAAAUGCAAUCCUGACUUAUAAAACCUAAACUUUAUUUGACAUGCAGGUGUAUCUUAGCAGUUACCACAUUUCUGUUCGCUGUAUUUAUGAAAUAUAAAUUCUUUGGUAUUUAUUUAAUCCAAGUGUUAAGAGAUACCUCCAGAGUUAUCUUUGUGCUAGUCAGUAAAGGGAGUCAAAAACAGUAAGAGCUGUUCGACAGUGGAAUUUGCUGCCAAGGAGUGUGGUGGAGUCUCCUUCUUUGGAGGUCUUUAAGCAGAGGCUUGACAACCAUAUGUCAGGAGUGCUCUGAUGGUGUUUCCUGCUUGGCAGGGGGUUGGACUCAAUGGCCCUUGUGGUCUCUUCCAACUCUAUGAUUCUAUGAUUAUAUGAUUCUAAAAAUAAAAACCAUCAAUGUUAUUGUAAACACAAAGGCUUAGGAAUUACCUUUUUUGGCUUAAAUUGCAUGCAUGGAUGGAGGAAACUCCUGUUUCUGAAGCUGCAGCUCAGAAGCAAACAUUCCAAUGAUGCAAUUAACAUAACUUGUUUAACUGCAAUGCAAUCACCUUCCUGAAGUUAAGCAGGUCUGGGUCUGGUCAGUGCCUAGAAGGGAGGCUAGGAGUAGGGCGGCUGAGGAUUUUAUUUUGGUCAGGGAGAGCACUGUCUCCAGGAAAGGAGGAAUAGAAAUUAAACUAAUCAGUUAGUUCUGAAACAGAAAGGAUUGUAUUCAGUGGGGUUCCUACUCAGAGUAAAUCCAUUGACAUUAAUGGACAUGUAUAACAUAGGUUCAUUAAUUUCAACUCUUGAAUAGAAUUAGCAUUGGAUAAACCCAAAAUACCCUACCAAGUGGUUUACACAGAAGAGAGAAUUCUUGCAGGUGCCUGGUACCACUGAAAUGCCAACUUUACCUGUUUGCCAGAUUGCAACCUAAAGAUCCUGCAAUGCCUCCACUAAUUCCAGGAGACAGAUUGCAUUUCCUUCUUUGCUGGCCUUUUUGCCCACCCUCCUCGGGCGUCCUGCCGGCCACAGUAGAGUAGCUGUAUUGGGGGUGGAGAUGGUGCUGGGGGAGGGACGAGGCACCUGUCUCUCAGGUGCUCUGCAUCUCCCAGGGCUCACUGCAGCAUCAGCAGGGCUAAAGGAGGCAUGGAAGGCCGUAGCAUGUUCACAGGAGUAUUUGCUUUUGAAACUUUUAACCUGCCCUACCUCCAGAGGAGUCCAGGGUGACAAACACUUCUUUAACAAAAAAUAGAGUUAAGAAAAAACAUACUUAAAACAUUUUAAAACAGUUAAAAAACCCAAGAACAGAUGCAACCAAAUCAUAUGUCUGGUUAGGCUUGCCGAAACAGAACAGUUUUCAGCGGAUGUCUAAAAGGUUUCAGUGAUGGUACCUGCCUGAUGCAAUGCAGGUGAUCCCACACUAAAGGAACAACUUACAAGCGCAGAACAGAUGUUUUGUGGCUCUUAUAGAAGUGCCAGUUCUGCAGGUAAUGAAGUGAUUGAGUUGGUACAUCUGGGGCAAGGCCUUGAUGCAAUAAUAGCACCUUGAACUCAGUCUGGUAGCAAACGGGCAGAUCUUGGAGUGCAGGCACAAAGAGACUCUCUCCUGUUUAGCUAAUAUGCUGCAGCAUUUUACACUAACUGCAGUUUCUGGACCAAGCGCAGUGCCUGUUAAGUGGUUCCAAUCCAGGAACAGGCACAGUUGUCUUAGCAGCAGAAGUCUGCUAAAGGCACUCCUCGCCGUGAUGAGGAGGAGGAUUAAUUGAAUCCGUAGUAACUCAGAGCAGUUCACUUGGGGCUCCAGUGACACAGCUGGACCCAGGAGCCACCCCAAAGCUGUGUAUCUGCUGCUUCAGAGGGUGUUCGUCACCCCCAUCCACUCAGGCAAUGGACCAAUUUAUUGGGAAAGAGAACCACUUGCCAGAAUUCAAGCAAAAUUUAUUUCCCCGUAUCCAUCCCACCGCGGCAUCCAGAAACUGGUCUCUCCAAUUUAGAUAAUGAGAAGCAGAGCUGAGUGUCACCAGCAUAUUGUAAAAAGGAAUAGUCUGUGAACUGGGACGCCUCCGGUUCAGAUGUCUCCAUUUACUAAGAGCUUGUUGGAUAACCUUAGGUGAGCUGAGUUCUCUAGGCCUCCUUGGUACAAUAAUUAUAGAUAAUAUUGGUCUACCUUAGAGGGCUGUUUGAAAAGAUUACUGAAACAAUGCCUGUGAGCUGGCUGUAAACACGCUCUGAAAGUGUUGUCUAACUGCUUAGUAUUUGUUUUAUAUAACCUCUUUUGCACACAGUGUGAUUUUUUUUUCUCCCUCUGGGCUCUCCCCACUCUCAUGGGAAAUUAGGCAGAGGCCAUAGAUCAGGGGUCAGCAAGGUGUUGGUCUGCCUGGGCCAGUCAAGUCCCGCAGAGAUCUCUCCGUGGGCUGGAUUGCGUGCGUGUGAUGACUCUGAGUGGGCAACUCGGUUUGGGGGCGGCUCAUGAGCUAGUUAAACUGCCCCCAUGGGCCGCAGGUUGCCGACCCCUGCUAUAGAUUGUCCACCCCUUCUUCUACAGGCUAACAGCAAGAACCCUGCCAUCAAAUUAAGCAGAAUGUGUGAAAGUUGCUGGGGCCACAAAAGUUUGCACAAGACCUCUCUUGUAGCCCCAGUUACAUAAUUUUUUGAACAGACCGAUUGAGAGACUGAAGACAGGUGGGCAAGUCUUGGCAGUAGGGUGGCACACACCAUUCAUGGUCCAUGUGCAAUAAUACUUGUGCCGAAGCUAUUCCCCCAAGAUUUAUUUCCUUAGCACCGUCUUCAGCUCCUCCUUCUCUGCCACGCCUUGUCUGAAGCAAAGGCCAGCAUGAUUCAGGUGCAUGAGGAAUAUUCUUGGAAUGCAUAUGUUGCAAGCACACACAUUUCCUCGUCCAAAGGAGCUUUGGGGGGAGGAGAGUGGCCAGGGCGGAGUUAUCUGUUGGGAAGGCACUAUAUUUACCUGGAUCCAGGUGUUGGGCUUUUCAUGAUCUGUGGAGCAGGCUUGGCCUCUGUCUCAACAAUGUCUGCUUCCCUUCUAAAUUUCAGCUAGUGCCUGGAGCCCCAGAGAGAACUGCGUGGUGUUGACCUCAGUCAGCAUGUUUCAGAGUCUACAGGAACCUCAACUCCAGUGCCCCCUUGACAUGGAGCUGGAUGGCAAGAAAAACAGCCGGGUGGAUCGAUUGGGUGAGGCUGGCUCCCUAACAGAACCCAUUCCCCACCAGCUAGGCUUCUUGCCUAUCAGCGGGAGGUUCCUCAAAUCUGAAUCGGAAGAUUCUGGUGUUGAAAUGACCAGCAACGAUCACUCUCCCUCCAGCCCGGAGGGCUCAGAGAAAAGCUUCUCUUUGGACUGUCUUGAUGGCUUCCAGCCUUCGAUGGAAGACUCUCCACCACUUUCUGCAGCUCCCUGCCAAGGCUUCCCCAAAGGUGAAGAGCAGGAGGACCUGGGUCCCAUCCAGGAUCGUGCCUACUGCCGGAAUCUCUCUGCCAGCAAGAAGUUGGCCCAGGUGGUCCAGCGGUCUCAGAAGCACCAGCUGCCUCGCCGAUCGCCCGGGCGGCUGGGUCAGAGGCCCCGUAGCCCAGUGGACUUGGAGAGCCUGAAUUCCUAUCGUUUGCACCAGGCAGCAAGCGUCGACGAGAAUGUGGAUGCUGCUGCAGGGGAAUUGAUUCCUAUGUUGUCUGGCAACAGCACCCCAGAGGAAUGGAGCCCACAAGGACAGGUAAGUGGGGAGAAACUCUGCUGUUUUAAGCCAAGCCAAGCACAGGUCCUCUUUCCCAGGAUCCUUUGCAGCAGGUUUUCCAGUUUUAAGCAUGGUUUGGCCAAAAGCUGCUCUUUUCUAGGUUCCUUUGCAGUGGGUUUUUAUUUCUGCCAAGCUGGUCUCCUGUUUGGAGAAGGAAUAGCCGUGUGCUGGGAAACAGGUCGAUAGAUGGCUGGAAAGGCGGCUUUGAUGACUGGCUGGCAGAGUUUUAGUGACCCAGGAUUGUGGGAUAGCUUGCAUCCUCUCCUGCUGUAUCCCAGUCUCUCCUCCCACUAGCUAGGUGGGGCAGUUUCGUAUGGGAAAUGCUCUCCAUUCCACCUGAUGAUGAUACCUUGCCUAAUUGCCUCUUGCUGGAAUGUGGCAAGGUCCUUGCCCUCUAAUGACAUAACAUAACGCGCACAAGCUGCUUUUUCCUGACCCGGUUUUUAGGAGGAAGGUGCUGGGACACUUGAGAACUUACUUGGCCUUCCAGUCUUGAUUCACCUGAGUUUGAGCUAGAUGCAUACAUACAUAAAAGUUACUGAAUUAGUCCAUAGACCAUAUCAAAAGAGAACAAAGUAAAAUACAUCUAAACUGCAUGUUAGAGUAUGCAAACAGUGGUUUAUGUAUCUGUGUGGUUGUUGUUGUUCCCUAAUACAGUGGUACCUCGCAAGACGAAUGCCUCGCAAGACAAAAAACUCGCUAGACGAAAGGGUUUUUUGUUUUUUGAGCUGCUUCGCAAGACGAUUUUCCCUAUGGGCUUGCUUCGCAAGACGGAAACGUCUUGCAACUUUGUUUCCUUUUUCUUAACACCGUUAAUACAGUUGCGACUUGACUUCGAGGAGCAACUCAUAGAACGCGGUGUGGUAGCCUUUUUUGAGGUUUUUAAAGACUUUGGUGAUUUUUGAAGCUUUUCCAAAACUUUCCCGACACCGUGCUUCGCAAGACGAAAAAAAUCGCAAGACGACAAAACUCGCGGAACGAAUUAAUUUCGUCUUGCGAGGCACCACUGUAUCAGAAUAAAGCUGGCAUUCCAGAAACCAAUCCUCUAGCAUGGCUGCCUCACAUAAGCCAACUUGGACUCUUGCACCCAUAAAGCUCUUCCCUAGUUCAGCUAUUGAAUCCAUCUGUUCAAAAACAGUCAGGCACAAGCUUUUUUGUACAGUGUUACCUCGGGUUACAUAGGCUUCAGGUUACAGACACCACUAACCCAGAAAUAGUACCUCGGGUUAAGAACUUUGCUUCAGGAUGAGAACAGAAAUCGCACAGCAGCAGCAUGGCGGCAGCAGGAGGCCCCAUUAGCUAAAGUGGUGCUUUCAGGUUAAGAACAGACCUCCAGAACGAAUUAACCCGAGUUCUUAACCCGAGGUACCACUGUAUUGUGGGAAAUGACAGCUAUUUUUCAUAUUUGACACUGGGGUUUUGGUCUUGCUAAGCAAUGUUGAAUAGUUUGGAUGAAAAGACAGGCCACGCCAGUUUGUGCUCCUACAUCUGAUGCCCUUUGCUUAGAGAUGUUUCCAGUUACAUUCCCAAGUGAGUUCAGUGUCUGCACUGAAAUCCAUCCUGGUGUAAUAAAUGUGAAAUUUUGAUACCACAAACUGUUCAGAGCCAGCACCAUCUGUUUCCUUAAGGCAGAUCUUGGAAAUCCUAUAUUUCUUUCCCCUUCCCCGCUCAUAAUGACUAACUCAACUUAGGUGAAAGGUCCAGGACUGACAAAAAUAAGUAUUUCUUCAUACAGUGCAUAGUUAAACUAUGGAACUUGGAUGCAACUUGGAUGGAUUCAAAAGAGGAUGAGACCCAUUAAUGGAGGAUAUGGAUAUCAGUGACUCAUGAGAGCGAUCUUCUGCUUCUGCUAUUGAAGGCAGUAUUCCCCUGAAUAUCAGAUGCUGGGAAUCACAAGCGGGGCAGGGGGGGGGCUGUUAGCCCAGGUCCUGCUUGCAGGCUUCCCAUGGGCAUCUGCUCAGCCACUGGGAGAUGAGCCUUUGGCACAAUGCUGCAGGGCUGUUUCAGGAGCUGCUUGCCUCCUCCUCCGCUUUAGACUGCUUCUCUCUGGGGCUGUUUGCUGUCUGCUGUGUACGGGAUGUGCAAGUGAGCUCAUAUCCCUGAUGGCCCAUGCUGGCUCCUUUCUUAGGUGCACGAGACUUUGCUGACCAUGCCUGGACAGGGCUUACGGUACUUGGAGCACAUUUGCCAGAUGCUGGAGAAGAUCGCCCACCUGCAGCAGGCCAACCUUCGACUUCAGCAUCAGCAGCAGAUUAUGGAGUGCCGGGUGCGGGUCCAGGAAUCUGAGAACGUGAGAGAAAGGGCUGAGGGCUGUUUAUUAGAGGGUUAUUGAAACAAGUUCAUGGUGAUUUUGAGUAAAUUUGUUGCAGGAAGGAGAUGGCAGUUCGGACAUUGGGGGCAGGAAGUGGUGGUGGGCAGAGAUGAGCUCCUUUCUUCCUUUUAAUCUAAGUUUUAUUACUUUUUGCACAUAUUUUCCAACAUAACAACUUACAAACAACAUAGCAAAUCUUUGGCUAUUAUCACCUGAGACUUCCUUCAACCCCUUCUAAUAGUUUUCUAAAUUCCGUUCUCAUUCUGAAUUGUAUUACUAUACUUAUUGCUAUAAUUCAAAUCUUACAUCCAUAUCUCAGUCAUCUUCACAAUAAUUUAUAAAAUCCUCCCUACAAAACUUCUGUAACCCUACUAGUGAUGUUAAAUAAUUACAGUUGUCUUUCAAAUAUAACAUAAAUUUCUUCCAGUCCUUCAGAAAAUCUGGUCCUGCUGGUUUUGAAUUUUCCCUGUUAAUCUCGCCAGCUCGGCAUAGUCCAUUAAUUUCGUUUGCCAAAAAGAUGAGCUGCUUUCAUGUGUUGGACUUGACUCAUCAGUGGGCCAGCAGCAGUAUGUGGGGCAGACAUUUUUUAGUGCUUUAUUUUUCUGUGGAAAAUUUUAGUUUCAUACAUUCAUUAGCAAGAAUGAACAGGAGCCAAUUGCAAAUACAGUAUUAGGCAAGUUUGGUAGUGGACUUUUUUUUUUUAAACCAAAUACAAGCAAAUAAAAAUUAGAUCUUUUUCUAUUAUCUCACAACAUCUUCUGAUGCUUAACUGAAAAUUUUGUAAUGCAAAUUACCCUAUGCAUAUUGAAAACCAACAUCACCAAUCAGCAGUAUUCACAAACACACUCUGUGAACCGAAAGGGCUCAUUUUAUUUCAUUACUUCCUUUCAAAUCACACAUAAGAAGCAGAGAGCAACAUUCCCCCCCUCCAACGACCCUGGGAGGUAGGCUGAGAGGCAGCCCAGGGGCACUUGGCAAGCUUUGUGCCUGUAGGGGAUUUGUUCUCACAGGUCAUAGCUAUGCACUCUAACCAGACUGGCUCUUUUGCAAUUGGAUCCAUAGUCCUGGGAUCACUAAUCUCCACAUUCAUUAAUCUUAGCCCCAUUUCAACUGUUGAACCUGAAAUAUGUCCCCCAGACGUGUUUCUAGAAUGGUUUUUCUUCAACUCUGGUACCAUUUUGUCUGACAGGAAGGCUUUUCUGAAGAUGUGCCAGAUGGCCCUGGGCUGAUGACACUUGAAAUGCAGGCUGAGGGUCCAGCAACCAUGGAGAAGGUGGCAGAAGAGGAGCAUCUCAAGUCGGCUGACUCCUGGCACCCCCACCACUUCCGGGCCCGCUCUGCCUCGGACACACGGGCGCUACGGAGCCCAGCUCGUAGCCUGGGUGAGCUCUUGACUCUUGGUUUGAAGGCAAGCCAUUGGCCCUGAUCCCGAGUACUAGAGUAUCUUAGCCAGAGCAUGCAAACGUUUCCAGUACUGAGGCAACAUACUCAUCCACUGUGAUCACAUGACAUAUAGGAUUCUUAUCUUUAGACCCUUUUCCCUUUUAGAAAUGUUAACAAAACAUUCUGGAUCCAGGUUCAGUUGUUUUCUGAGAAUAUUGUUGAUAGCUUUUUAAAUAAGUUAUGAAAAGGUCAGGGCUUUAACAUAAGACUACCAACAUUGGUAGUCACUUUUUUCUCUUGUGGAUAUAUGUUAAGUACUUCUUAUGAAAGGUAAAGGGACCCCUGACCGUUAGGUCCAGUCGUGAACGACUCUGGGGUUGCGGCGCUCAUCUUGCUUUACUGGCCGAGGGAGCUGGCGUAUAGCUACUUCUGGCGAACCAGAGCAGCACAUGGAAACACCAUUUACCUUCCCGCCAGAGCGGUACCUAUUUAUCUACUUGCACUUUGAUGUGCUUUCGAACUGCUAGGUUGGCAGAAGCUGGGACUGAGCAACGGGAGCUCACCCCGUCACGGGGAUACGAACCGCCGACCUUCUGAUCAGCAAGGUUUAGACCACAGCGCCACCCGCAUCCCUUAUUAAUUCUUAUUAAUCUGAGGUAAUUUACAGCUGGAGUUUGAUAACACUGAACUAUCAUUUUGAAACUAGGUUGUUUGAAACUAUUUGUUUGAAAAAGAUUGAAAGUUGUGAUGUGGUGGAGCAGAAACUUCUCAGAAAAUUCCAAGAAAUUUUCUGUUGCUACCUUUUUGUGUGUGUGAAGUUGUUUCUGUUCCUAAAAAUGCAUUGCUUCAUAAAAUUCGUCAACGUAGCAAAGGGAUAUAAUACCAGUUGAGCUGGGUAGCUUCAAAGUUGCAAUUAACUUAUUCAGAUCAGUAGAAUAAGUAUAAACAGAUUUCCAGGUCCUUCAGGUUUUUUUUAUUGGAAAUUUUAACACACAUAAGAAAAGUGAUCUGUCACACUGUACGACGUUUAGAACUGUCAUCAAGAACAAAAAUGAGUGGAGCUCUUUAGGUGUUACAUUCAGAACAGGCUCUUGGGAGAUGUCUAUCUGAGAAAAUAUAAUGAAUUUAGACAUGGAGGCAAAUUGGCAACAAGCUGAAAAGCCAGAAGGAAACAAGAUUCCACCUUCUGAUUAAACACAUUCUCAAAUGAGACUGAGCCUUGAUUCAGGCAGUCCUUUUAGCACACUGGGUUCAUGAAGUGCUCUCUUCACUGUUAAAUUAUGUUCCAGUGUGAUGUAGUGGUUAGAGCAGGGGUAGUCAACCUUUUUAUACCUACUGCCCACUAAUGCAUCUUUCUUGAUGGUAAAAUUUCCUUACUGCCCACCGGUGCUCGAUGGAUGGAGGAUUCAGCUUGGGCCGUAGAACCUACUACCGUCCACCUAGAAUCCUGAAGCGCCCACUAGUGGGCGGUAGGGACCAGGUUGACAACCCCUGGAUUAGAGGGUUGGACCAUUGGAUGUACCUCACUGGAUGACCAUAAGCUACUCCUAGUCUCUCGGCCUAACCUCCCUCACAGGGCCGCUGUGAGGCUAAAAUGAGAAGGAAGAGAACCAUAUCUGCUACCUUGAGCUCCUUGGAGGAAAGGUGGGGAUAUAAAUGUAAUAAAUAAAUUAAAAACAGGAUGCUGGACUAGAUGGGCCUUUGGUCAGAUGGUCAGAUCCAGCAGGGCUAUUCUUAUGUUCUUAUGAUUUGAUUGUGUUGGGCUAACAUACACUUCUGCUGCCAUAGGGAACAAGGAUGGUUGCCCUCAGAAGUCAACAGCCCACUCUGCCAGUUCUCCCAGUUUGCUGGAUCAGCUAGAUGGGGGCUCACACACCUUGCCACCAGGCAUGAAGCUCAAGGUAGGUCUGCCAUGUUCCAUGGGGAGGGGGGGAAUAAAAAAACUUGCCAUGUGUAGGAUUUGAAUUAAAUCUGGAGAGGUGUGACUGAUGGCACAAAGAGGCAGUGUGGUAUAGUGUCUAGACUCUAGAGCGUGGGUAGCCAGGGUGGUGCCCUCCAGAUGUUGGUGGACUCUCUGACUCCAUCAGCCCCAGGGUCAGGGUCAGGGUCAGGGGUAGGAUGGGUGAUGUAGUCCAGCAACAUCUGGAAGGCAUUGUGUUGGCUGUCUCUGGGUUAGAGUGCUGAAUUUCCACUGGGGAGACCUCAGUUUGAAUCCUCACUCAGCCAUGAAAUUCACUGGGCGAUCUUGAGCCACUUACAUGUAUGUGUGAUUGGCUUAAUCUACCUCACAGGAUUGAGACCUAAAUUUAAAAAUUGCAGGGGGGGGGGGGAGAGAGAGGACCAUGUCUCCCACCUUGAGCUCCUCCAAGACAAGAUAAAAAUGUCAGAAAUAAUAUAAGCAAGGCUACAUCAUUUUACUUAAAAAACUUCGUUGUACAGUACUUUUGAGUACUAUGGUAGAAUUUUUUUUUUGUAAGAAUAAAUUACAAUCAUAUUCUAUGGUAACUUGUUCUAUGAGAAGGUGGGGAACACUAUUCCAUAGUUCCAUUCUUAAAAAAAAAUCAGGAAGAGUUUAUCAUGAGGGUUUCCACCACCUUCCUUUGAAAAAUGGAUGACUAGCACAUGCCAUUCCCCCCCCCCCGAACUGUGGAAAGCAGUUGCUGUUCUUGCCCUUCCAUGCAUCUUUCAGAGGAAGAGGAGCCCCCAUAAGCCUUACACACCAGCCAGUUCAUGGUGGUCUUCUGGAGAAGUCUUCUUGACCUCCCCACCUCACAUUCAUUUAGUUUAUGUGUGAACGAAGGCUAGUGGUGCCAGUAAUUUGGAAUGACAUUCCUUUCAAAAUUAGGUGUCUGAUUUCAGCUACACAUCUGAUAUUUCAUUGCCAAGCAUUUUUAGAAAAUCAGUUUGAUUCAGUGUUGGUCAUUUGUUUUUGUUUAUUAAAUGUUAUAAUUAUUUUGAUGAUUUUUUUGUACACUGCCAUAGUAUAUUGUUUUCAUAAGUUGGAAGUUUAAAAUAAAUUGGAGCUAAAUUUUGCUGGGGAGCAGGGGGAAGGUGGUUGGAAGGGCAACAAUCCCCCUCAUUGUAAACAUGGAAAGAUCUACCCUGAGUUUGGUCAAGUUAAGUACAUCAGGGUGACAUAAAAGAUUUUAAUGCAAGUCAGUUUGCCCUUAAGUGACACCAGCCCAUGUUCUCUGAGGUCUGCCCUCACCAUGCGGUCAGAAGACACUUUUUGACAAACUCCAAAAGGUGUUAAAGGCCCAGAUGUGGGCUCAUGGCCUCUGAGGACCAGUUGCUAAGCAACAGCAUUGGGAGGGUCCUGGGCUUCCCAAGAGGCAUCUGAUCGGCCGUUGUGGGAAACAGGACUAGAUGGAACUUUGGUCUGAUCCUGCAGUCAGACUCUUCUUACGUUUUUACAUAAAUAGGGUUUAGGACCUGAUGAUUAUUCACUCCCACCUUUCCUCUUAAAGGAGCCCAAGACAACAAACUACAAGAACCUCCAAAAACUUGUCCUCAAAGCUUAUAAACUUUCAAGGUUUCCACGAACAGUAUCUUUCAGAAAUCAAAUUCCUGAAUUGUUUCAAAUAGGGAUGUUUUAAAUUCCCCCAUAAUGUUAACAAUGAGGGAAGGUGCAAUGUACUGAAGUUCUCACCCUGGGGCAGCAGGGGGAUACUGUAGAUAGUUUUCACUCAGGUCCACAUAUGCAAAUAAGGGAUUGAAAGUGACGUUCAGUGAUUGGAUAGUUACAGAAAGUGGUUACUGUUGCGUUCUAGUGGAGCUCUAUAUAAACAGGCUAGCUGAACCCUUCAGUUCAGUUCACUUCUGGCCUGUGAAUAAACAAGAGCUGAUUGAAGAAUCGCUGUGUCAUCUGAUAUGUUCACCCACAACUUAACAGAAGGCACACUUGAGGGAGAGAGUGAGAGAGGAGGUGUUCCACCACCAAAAAGGCACUGUCGCAUGGCUCAGCACCAACUGGGUAGCACUCAGGUCACCCACAGGUGAUCUAUAAUCCUCUUGGCAGCAGACACAGGACUAACAGUAAAAUGGCAAAGAAGGGAUCAAAGAUUCCUGGCUGUUGGUUUCAUUUCUGCGAUGUUGGGAUUAUGGCUGGUAUAAAUGUCAUGUACCCUGGGAUAGACCCAGUCUCUCCACAUUGUGUCCUCUUUCUCUCAGGACCACUCUCACUGGGGCAAAGUCAAAGGGCUGAUCAGCAGGAUUACGAGGAAAUCUGUGCGGGCCAAUGAACCCAUCUCAUCUGGUGAGCCUGCCCCCAGCAGCAGUCAGUGUAGGUAAGAUGACGAUGAUGAUGAUUAAAAAAAUUGUAUGCCACUCAUCUGACUGGGUUGCUGUGGCUGUUUAUGGCGUGAUAGCUGCUAUAAACUGCCAUGACCUCCCUGCCAAUUUGGAUACAAUAAAGGAACUGGAGGCCCCUCGACUGUCCUCGGGUCCAGUAUUGGACCACUUCGACCGGAUAUCCCCAGCCGAUGUGGACAGACUCCUCCGAGCUGGAAAGCCCACCACCUGUCCUCUCGACCCGUGCCCGUCUUGGCUGAUUAGAGCGUGUCCAGACGAGGUGCGGGCCCUCCUGGGGAUAUCAUCAAUUUGUCCCUUGGCGUCGGGCCAUUCCCAGGGGACCUGAAGGAGGCAGUGGUGCGCCCGCUCUUAAAGAAAACAUCAUUAGAUCCUUUAGAUCUAUCCAAUUACUGCCCGGUUUCGAAUCUUCCGUUCCUGGGUAAGGUGAUUGAGAGAGCGGUUGCUGAACAGCUUGGUGGGUUUCUGGAUGAAACAUCGGCUCUGGAUCCAUUCCAGUCCGGCUUCCGCGCUGGUCAUGGGACCGAGACGGCUCUGGUCGCCCUAACAGAUGAUCUUUGUAGACAGCUGGAUCGAGGCGGGUCGGGGCUGCUGAUUCUUCUAGAUCUGUCAGCAGCUUUCGACAUGGUCGAUCACGAACUUCUGGACCACCGCCUUGCCGACGUCGGGAUCCAGGGCACAGUCCUUCAAUGGCUGCGCUCGGUUCUCUCUGGUCGGGGACAGAGGGUGGCGCUUGGGGGGGAAUUGUCAUCGCGCCACUCCUUGGUGUGUGGAGUACCUCAGGGUGCGAUACUCUCCCUGAUGCUUUUCAACAUCUUUAUGCGCCCCCUCGCCCAGCUUGUUCGGAGUUUUGGGCUGGGUUGCCAUCAGUAUGCCGAUGACACCCAACUCUAUCUGUUGAUGGAUGGCCAUCCUGACUCGGCCCCAGACACACUGACCAGAUGUUUGGAAGCUGUGGGAGCCGGUUGAAGCUAAAUCCUUCGAAGACAGAGGUCCUGUGGCUGGGACGGGGCGAUAUGGGAUUGGGGGGGCAACUCCCAUCUCUUGCGGGGGCGCAAUUAGUGCCAGCACCGUCCGUUAAGAGUUUGGGUGUAAUCUUCGACACCUCCCUUUCCAUGGAGGCGCAGAUUGCAGCUAUAACAAAGGCGGCAUUUUUCCAUCUCCGCCAAGCUAAGCAGUUGGCUCCUUACCUCUCUCGCCCUGACCUAGCCACUGUGAUCCACGCGACGGUCACCUCCAGACUGGAUUAUUGUAACUCGCUCUACGUGGGGCUGCCCUUGAGACUGACCCAGAAAUUCCAGCGGGUGCAGAAUGCUGCAGCGAGACUCCUUACGAGGUCUUCACUGCGAGAUCACAUUCACCCGGUGCUAUACCAGCUGCACUGGCUCCCGGUGGAGUACAGGAUCAGGUUUAAGGUGCUGGUUUUAACCUUUAAAGCCCUAUACGGCCUAGGACCCUCGUACCUACGGGACCGCCUCUCCUGGUAUGCCCCACAGAGAAACUUACGGUCUUCAAAUAAAAACAUCUUGAAGGUCCCAGGCCACAGAGAAGUUAGGCUGGCCUCAACUAGGUCCAGGGCUUUUUCGGCUGUGACUCCGAUCUGGUGGAACACUCUGUCACAAGAGACCAGGGCCCUGCGAGACUUGACAUCUUUCCGCAGGGCCUGCAAGACAGAGCUGUUCUACCAGGCCUUUGGCCAGGGCACAGCCUGACUCCCUCCCUCGGCAAUCUUCGCGGAGCUCUGGCCCAAUGGUUGCCAGUGGCUUGAAUUAAUUAAUUUUAUAAUGAAUGAUUUUAGAGUGUUGUUUAUGCUGUACUUUUAUACUGUUUUAUUGUUGUUAGCCGCCCUGAGCCCAGCUUCGGCUGGGGAGGGCGGGAUAUACAUAAAAUUUAUUAUUACUAUUAUUAUUUGCCCAGCACGCUUCUGACCAGGCCUUUAACAGAGUUGAAAUACAGUCUGCAGUGAAGCAUGAGGAAAUUGGCCCCUAGUCUUGAUUGAUGACCAACACAGAAUUGUUCUAGGCAGAUUACUUUAUUGCCUGUCAUCAAGCUUAAUGGUUGCUGUUUACAGAGAUUGCUGUGGAUUCCCACAGCGACAGAUUGGCUUGCAUCCUCUCAGCAGAUCAAAACCAAAAGUCUCUCUUAGUCACACUCACAUAACGUACUGCACAUGUCCAUGACUUCACUGUCUUAUCUUUGAACCUGUGUAAACAAUCCAGCUUCACAGCCAGAGUUUCAUCUUAAAUGCAGAAACUCAUGAAGACAUUGUUCUGAAAACGAAUGACCAAGUACCCCCAACAGUUGCCCAGCCACUCUGGGCUCCCAAGAAAAAAUAGUAAAAACACAACACUUUGCUACUUUUGGGGUGUGCCACUGGGGACUCCCCAGUCAGACUUGGUGUGGUGGUAUUGGGAAUGAGCCCAGUCUUCCAGCUCUUAUAUAUUACAUUGAGAAAAUGUGUUUGUUAAAAGUGGAGCUCAUAUUUCCAGCUGCCUCAUGCGCAGGGAAAGAAACUUUUACUAACGCCAGGUAAUUUGGAUAUUGUAGCAACCUGUGUUGCAAGCAACCUAUUGAGUGGGUGCCUCCUAUCAGAUCUCCCUCAUCCCUUUUUAUUUUCCUUACAGAACAUAUACCAUAUUGGACAAAGAAGAAUCCCAACCCAGGUGGCGUUUCCUCCCCACUCUGGGUGCAAAAAAGCACAGAUCGAAACACCUUUCCAUGCGGUGAGCCACAGGUUCUCUUGGAGGCAUGACAGGUCUGGGGCCCCCAAGUCAGUGCUGUCAUGCACAUGGACUGUUCUUCCCUUCCCUGUGAGCUUGUUGGGAGCCGAAAUGCUCCACCCAUUUUGACGGUGAGCUUCAAAUCCCCCUCCAGUGGAAGAGAGAAGAGACUUUCAGAUAAAGAAUGGAGACACAAAAGCUCCACCUAGCAAAAUGAUUCUCUUCUAUGAAACCUUUCCAACCAAGUGGAAACAUAACUGCUCACUGCAAGCCACAGUCUGCAAAUUCGAAGCCAGCCUUGUGAGCAAAUGCUUCCUCCUCUUGCAAUUUACCCCUUCUGUCCUGUUUUAUUGUUUUCACAUUACAUAUGCACCAGUGCAGUAACGUAAACUAUGCAUCAACGUGGGCUUUGUAAACCAAGGUUAGGAGGGGACCUGGUAUAAAUUAACCAUGAUUUGUAUCAGCACAUAUAUUGUAUUGUGUUGGGUCUCUAUUUACAAACCACAGUCUACAGAGAGCCAGUUUUACAUUGGCACAUAGCCUCAUUUUCUUUAGCCUGCCCUUCUUUUUAUUUUUAUACACUGUCUUCGGGACAGAUCUCUCUGAGGCUGGCCCUCUGGAGAACACAGGUUUUAGGUCUGUCUCAUACACACCACCAAACAUCACCAUAUUCCGUGUUAGAAAGAUCCUUUCCCAUCAUUGCCAACUCUCCUAAGAUUUUAGGCUGCUGUCUCAUUGAUUAGGAGCAUGGGCAUAAAAUCUCAUGUGCGUGGUUACUAGGUGAGGACGAUGGCUCUGAGGAGAAGAGAGGACCUCACUCCUCCCAGUCUUCACUAGGAAAUCCCUGCAUGGCAGAAUGUGAAAUAACUUAUUGACCCUGCCUUUAAUUAUGAUUUUCCUUAUGAAACAAAUGAUUGACACUCCACAUAUUUUUGUAUGUGCUCACAUACAGCUAUAUAACUUCACAUUUGGAGUGAGCCCUGUAUAUAUUUAUAUGGCCUAAUGGUCACGCAUGUAUGUGUAUAUAGAUGGAAAUUGAUAUAUUCACAAGUUAUAUAAAAGUGAGGAAAAUAAAACUAUUUGCAGACUUUUUU